AUCAAUUGAAUUUGAUUCAGUGAACUGUUUCUAUUUGUCUACGAUUAUAAAUAAAAUGCAUGUAAAUAUUGAUCGAACAGGCCAGCUUUAAGAACAGUUGUUGCAGUUAUUUGGGCGGAACACUUUGUGUCGCUGUCUACCAAUAAGACGUCGAGUCGCUUUGAGUGAUCUACCCCUUCCUUUCGGCAGGGAGACGCAGGAGAGUCGAAGAGAGACAUGGCUGUGUAAACGUCUAAGAUCGAGAACAUGUUCUGAAUAACACUCUGGUUGCGCUUUAGUGUGUCGCCGCAUUGGGAUUUAUUUGAACAUUCGACUUAUUUGACUCGGAGCACAGAAUAAUCUUGCUGAUUGGUACAAUCUUUAUUAAUUAUAAAACAAAUUUCAUCCUAGAACAAUGGCGACUGCAGCCAGCGACGCGGUGCAUUUUAUCUCUCUGCUCAUUCUGUCGGGCCAUGUUGCGGGACGAAUUCGCUACUCUAUUCAAGAGGAGCUGGAGCAAGGGGCAUUUGUUGGUAAUAUCGCCGAGGAUUUAAACAUUGGGAUUUCGGAAUUGUGGACAAGAAGGUUUCGUCUGAUUUCCGAUGAUACGAAAAAAUAUCUGUCUCUAAACCUGGAAAAUGGGAUUUUAUUUGUCAGUGAGCGAAUUGACAGGGAACAGGUUUGUGGCGAACACUCUCUUUGUUCCCUUGCCUACAAAAUAUCGCUGGAUAAUCCUCCGGAAAUGCACAGUGUUGCCGUGGAAAUAAUUGAUGUAAAUGACAAUCCACCUCGCUUUUCUAAAGGCGAAUUUUCUUUACGGAUUAGUGAAGUACUUGCACCAGGAGCGCGCUUCCCACUUGAGAGCGCGCACGAUCCGGAUGUGGGCACAAACACUAUCAGCACUUACCAGAUUAGUACAAAUGAAUACUUUGAUCUCAAAUUGCAGAAAAGAAGUAAUGGAGACGUAAUCGCCGAAUUAUCAUUGGAAAAAUCGCUGGACCGUGAAGAACAGCCCACAUUUUAUCUUGUACUAACGGCCAUUGAUGGUGGGAUUCCCCAGAGAACUGGUACUGCUCAAAUUAUCAUCACUGUUGUGGAUGCGAAUGAUAAUGCUCCUGUAUUUGACCAUGAAUUAUACAGAGCUAACAUACGAGAAAACACUCCCAAGGGUACGUUAGUGACGAAGGUGAGUGCUGCUGAUUUAGACGAAGGUACAAAUGGUGAUUUCGUGUAUUCUUUCACCAGCCACACGUCACCAUCGACUCGAGAAUUGUUCAACUUAGAUCCUGUAACUGGAGAGAUCAGAGUUGAAGAAGUAUUAGAUUUUGAAAAGGCACAUAUUUAUGAACUUGGUGUAGAAGCUACGGAUAAAGGCCCAUACGCACUAGUAGGGCAUACCAAGGUUAUGGUUCGAUUAAUUGAUAUGAAUGAUAAUGCACCCGAGAUAGAGGUAGUGUCCUCAUCCAAUACGGUUCCUGAAGAUGCGCAAAUUGGAACAAUGUUAGCCGAAAUCAGCGUAAGUGAUCCUGAUUCUGGCGAAAACGGGCAAGUGCAGUGCGGUGUUGAUAAAAACCUACCAUUUAAACUUCAAAAGAUUUCAAGCAACAAUUAUAAUUUGGUGACGAGUGAUGCUUUGGAUCGAGAAACGGUCUCAGUUUAUAACAUUUCAAUUUCCUCGUGGGACCGAGGUUCUCCUCCCCUUUCAGCAAGUAAGCAUAUACUAAUCACCGUUUCCGACGUAAAUGAUAAUGCACCGAGGUUUACCCAAUCCACAUACAACGUGUUCAUAAUGGAGAAUAACAGACCUGGUGCUUCCAUAUUUGCUGUUACUGCAUUAGAUGCAGAUUUGGAUCUGAAUGGCAUGUUAACGUAUUCGAUGGUGGAUAGCAGGAUACAAGAUGUUUCAGCAACGCAUAUUGUUACAAUUAACUCUAAGAGUGGAAAUGUUUUCGCAGUGCGUCCUUUUGACUACGAAAACCUAAAGCAAUUCAGGAUCAAAGUUAAAGCUGAAGAUGCUGGAUUCCCCAAGCUGAGCAGCACAGGCAUUGUAAAUGUUAUUAUUUUAGAUCAAAAUGACAAUGCACCAGUGAUUGAUUCACCUUUAAUGUGGAACAAUACAGCUUCAUUGGAGAUUGCUCGUCAAUCGUUAUAUCCAGGAUACUUGGUCACUAAGAUAAUCGCAAGUGACGCGGAUUCAGGGCAGAACAUGCGCCUUUCCUUCCAAAUUUUGGAGGCCACCGACAAAAGCCUAUUCAAUAUUGGGCCACACUCUGGGGAAAUUAAGACUGUGAGAAAUUUGAAGAUUGAAGACGCCACCAAUCAAAGGAUGGUAAUUCACGUCAUGGACAACGGACAGCCGCGCCUCUCCAGCACAAUCACCAUCAUUGUAUCAGUUUUGGCGAAUAUUACUGAAAAAAUGUCCUCAGAAUUGCACCAACAUAGGAAUGUUAGUCAAUUUUCCGGGCCGAAUGUUUAUUUAAUCAUAAUUUUUGGAUCAACUUCCGUUAUCUUCCUGGCAAUCAUAAUUUUGCUGCUUCUACUAAAAUGCAAGCAAAACAGGACUAACAACGUGGAUGAGACCAGAUGCUGCUUUCCCUGCAGCAAGUGGCACUCGACUGAUGCCUUUAAUCGGAGAGCGGUUCUUCAUGAAGGGUUGCGUUAUAGUGGAGCUGCUCCAACUCUUCCCUUAUCUGGAACUUGUCACUACGCAGUUGGACUGUCUUCUGAAUCUUCUAAAUGUGAUUUCUUAUUCCUAAAACCUACCUUGAAUUCCAAUUACAUGAAUACUCGUAGUACCAUCGGAAGAGAAUGACAUACAUCAUGGUUUGUAUUGCGAGUGUGAUAGGAAAUGUAUGUAUCCUGCGAUUCUAACCAAGCUUCACCGAUUCAAAUAAUAUGACAGAAAUACUUUCUAUAUAACAUAAUGACAAUGAUGAAUCUUUGUUGUACUUCGGUUUACCCAUUAGCCUCAGUAGAAAAAAGGUUUUGUUCCAUAAAUACGUGAUUUGUCGUUCUAAUCAACGCUUUGUUGAAGUUUGUUUAUAGUUUGAAAACACCACGAACAACCAUAAAUAAGAGAGUUUGUAGUAGGAAAGAACUGCUGAUGCUGGUUUAAAUGGAAGGUAGACGCAAAAUGCUGGAGCAACUCAGCGGACAGGCAUCAUUUCUGCAGAGAAUGAAUGGGUGACGUUUCGGGUCGAGACUCUUCUUCCGACUGAUGUCAGUGCUUCAGAUUUGUAGUUUUAAGCUAAUUAAUGUCCGUUUUUAAAGAGUGCACUUUCAUCUGGUCGGACUUUGCACACAUAAAUUUGACAUGCAAAUGGAUGAAUACAUGAAUUCCACUGUGGCAUUUAGUGUAGGUAAUGCAAAUAUUUUAUUUAAUGUCCUGAUGAUUAUGGAUGCCUUAACCAACAUAGCAAAUGAAUGCAGAGUAUGAAUAGGUAAGGAAAUGCAAACAUUUAAAUCGUCGUUUUGACAAGCAUCACUCGAGAACACUUUCAAAUUGUUUUUCAACAAUAACAAAGGGGUGAAUCUACAUUGAAGACAGCAUUGUAAUAUAAAAUAAUAAAUUUAAUAAUCCUAACCAAUGAGGGAAAUGGAGUGUGUCAGGG